AUGGGCCUAAUGACUGAGCAUGGCGCAGAGUUGCCCGUCGAACCACCCGCCCUACCGGUACAAUCGCUGACAUGUCUUCGACAUAAGCUACGACAGGCAACUUAUAUUGUGCCUAGCACCGGCCAGCGUAUACACGGCACUCCUAAUCUAUCGCCUGAGCAGGAACACGACGAUGAGCGCACACCAUUGCUCCAAAGAGACCCUUAUUCUGAGGAUGGCGGACACAGACCUAGGGGCUGGCUACACCGAGCGGCGUCCACUGUUGGCAGGCUAUGUUCAUUUAUGCGGUCAGAAACAGGAAAAGGGAUCUUGAAGUGUAGCAUUGCAUACCUGCUGGGCACGAUGGCGACGUUUGUUCCAGUGCUAUAUCGGUUUCUCGGCCAGCAAGGUGGGAAGCAUACGGUUGCGACUGUCACCGUGUACUUUCACCCUGCCAGGACCAAGGGCAGCAUGAUUGAAGCACUAAUGUUAGCUAUCAUCGCCUUUUGCUAUGCGGCCUUUAUUUCAAUUACCAGCAUGGGUGUUUCGGUAAUAUUUGAGGAUGUAUUCCACUUGCUCCCCCUUGGCCAUGCGAUUAUAGUAAUUGUCUUCUGUGGCGGCGGACUUGGUUUUAUUGGAUGGGUGAAGCAGAGGCGUGGGAACCCGCUCGUUAACGUGGCAUGCUCUCUUGCUUCUCUAGCUAUUAUCACUGUCUUAACAAAGGAGGGAUCCGUUCAGCGAGGAGAUUUGUCCCUGGCCAAAAUCUACCAGGUCUUCAAAAUGGUUAUCAUGGGGGUAGUGGCUACAAUGACGGUCUGCUUUGUAGUCUACCCCAUUUCUGCAAAGAGCAAGCUGCGUCAAACCAUGGUUGAAAUGACAGAUUCUCUCUCCGAUAUGCUGGAGAUUAUCACAGAGAGCUUUAUAUACGGUGGAUCAGGGCUGAAGAGCGGCCUGGAACAGGAGCCUUUCCUUGAUGCCUCAAACAGAAAUAAAGCAGCAUACUCAAAGAUGGAGAAGCUCCUAAGAGAAGCUAAAUUCGAACAUUAUGUCGCAGGCACGGAGGUGGAAUACCAGCUCGAGCAGAAACUAGUCCGUUGCAUUCAGGACAUCUCUCAGAGCAUCGGUGGCCUUCGAAGCGCAGCCGCACUUCAGUUUCAAACCUUGAACCAAAUUCAACAGACACCACGGGAAAGGAGCUCUUUUGAUACCUGGCGAUCGCCGCGCAACAUUUCUCCGCUCCCUAGCCUCCGUAGGCCUGACACGAUGUCUAGCCGCUUUGACGGACUGCAGACGCUGCCACAUUCUGGAUUGAUACGCUCUUCCGACCGCCCUCAAACGGCAGAUAACGAUACUGAAUUUAUCCAGGCGCCUGCAGAUAUCUUCGAGAGAUUUAUCGUCCACCUUGGGCCGUCAAUGAACUCGCUGGCUUACACGCUCAAGGAGAUUCUUGGAGAACUUCCUUAUGGCCCAGCUCCGGAUUUCAAAGUUACAGUCAAUAGCAAGUUCAGAACAAGCCUUGAUCGUGCGCUCGAGCUAUACCGAAGUUCUCGAAAUGAUGCUCUGAAUAUCAUAUAUAACCAAAAGGACGUAAUAAUGGCGGGGGGAAAGCCUCUUGGAGUUGAAGCCGACUUAGAAGAAGUAGCCGCCAGCUGCGGUCACUUUAGUUUUUCCCUCCUAGAGUUUGGCGAGCAACUUAAAGAAUUUCUCAGUAUACUUGACAAACUUCAACUGGAGGCUGAAGAGCGGCCUAAUGGGCGCUCAUGGCGUUGGAUUAAUCCAUGGGCAUCGAAACCCAGUGAAGACACGAAUAUAAAUCCUUUAGAUACCGAGAAUUCGCUUGAUCAUACCGGUACAGAUAAGAGGGUUGCCGGUGCCCAAACCUCCAUUAUUAGGUACACUCUCAGAUACAGGUUAUGGAAGGCGCUCCGCGUUUUCCGACGCGAUGACACGAAAUUUGCCAUCAAAGUUGGUGCUGGUGCAGCGAUAUAUGCUCUUCCAUCGUUCAUCCCGGAAACUAGGCCAAUAUAUUUCGCCUGGAGGGGAGAAUGGGGCUUGCUGUCGUAUAUGCUGGUGUGUUCAAUGACCAUAGGAGCGUCAAAUACGACAGGUUAUGCUAGAUUUUUCGGCACAUGCCUUGGGGCCCUUUGUGCCCUUGCUAGCUGGUAUAUGGCUGAAGCGAACGUUGUCUUUCUUGCUAUAUUUGGUUGGGCGAUGUCCCUUUGGACGGCCUAUAUAAUCAUAGCGCAAGGUAAAGGGCCAAUGGGGAGAUUCAUUAUGCUCACUUAUAACCUGACUGUUCUAUACGCAUACUCAUUAUCCAAGGAGGGCUGUGAUGAUGGCAUGGACGAAGGCGGAGAAGAUCCAGUGAUUGCUGAUAUCGCCCUUCACAGAGUUGUGGCCGUUUUUUCUGGUAUUUUAUGGGGCAUUAUAAUCACAAGGGUCAUCUGGCCUUCCAGUGCUAAACGGAAACUAAAGGAUGGCUUGAGCGUUCUCUGGCUUCGCCUAAGUGUGAUCUGGAAACGCGACCCAUUAUCUACUAUGAUCCGAGGAGGGCCAACAAUUCCAUAUUUCGAUGUGCAAGAGAAAAUCAAGCUGCAGCUUUUCUUGAACCAUCUCGAUUCACUUCUGGUUUCAGCAAGGUCUGAAUUCUCCUUGAAACGACGGCUUCCAGAUGCUGAAUAUAGGGUGCUCCUCGCUGGGACCAGGCGGCUACUGGAUGCCUUCCAAGCCAUGAAUCUUGAAAUAAUGAAAAAUCUCACUGCCUCUGAAGGUGAAGCGGCCAUGUUAAAAUACACCUUGCGGGAAAGAAUGCAACUAUCCGCCAGAAUAAGUCACUUAUUGUCCGUUCUGGCAUCAUCAAUGAAGCUAGGCUACGCAUGGAAUGAGGUUCUUCCAGACACUGAACAUGCCAGGGACCGCCUUCUGGCCCAACUUCACCAUUUCCGGGGUGAUAAACAGGCCUCCCGACUAACAACUGACGAAGAUUAUGCUCUUCUGUAUGCUUAUGCACUUGUUACUGCUCAGCUAUCGGCAGAAAUUGUCGUGUUGAUGGAAGGCGUACGGAAGCUAUUUGGUGCUAUUGAUGAGGAUGAUAUCACUCUUCAGUGA